GGAUGGUGAGCUUUUCUCGUGCUUCUGACCCAGCUGUUGGGGGGACUAACCAAACAGUCUGCAGUUUCUGGAGCUUCUCUGAGACAUCCCAAUGUCGGCAGGUGGCCCACCAGGGCGGCCAGCCCUGCUCUCCCUGCUGUUGGCGGCGGCGAUGGCUUUUUUCUGCUCAGCCAUGUCCAAAGAUGAAGCACGAAACCGGCUGUUGAUGAGAGAGAAGAUGACACGGGUGGGGGGGCGACUGGUGCUGGGCAAACAGGAGGAGCUGGCCAACGCGAGGCUCAUGGCCCUCAAGAAGGCUGAGAUGGCGCAGGCCAUGAAGACCCAGAAGUUCCCACCCAGCAUGCAUUUUUUUCAGGCCAAGAAUCUCAUCGAGAAAAGUGAGGUGUUUAGUAUCCUGAAGAGGAUGCCAAAAGGGGCUGCCUUACACGUCCAUGACUUCAGCAUCCUGAGUGUGGACUGGCUGGUGAAAAAUGUCACCUACAGGCCCCACUGCCAUUUCUGUUUCACUCCAAAGGGGACCCUGCAGUUCAAAUUUGCUCACCCAACUCCCCCGACCCCCACGCCAGCAGAAUGUUCAGAGUGGAUUCUGCUGGAGAAGUAUCGAAGGGGGCUACAGAACAUCACUGAGUUUGACAACAGUCUGCUGAAGAAUUUCACUCUGAUGACCGAGAACCCUGAGGUGACAUAUGCAAACCAAAAUAUCGUCUGGUCCAAGUUUGGAACCAUCUUCUUCAUGAUCGCUGGCCUCGUCCACUAUGCACCGGUGUUCAGAGACUACAUCUUUCAGGGCCUCGAGGAGUUCUACCAGGACAACGUCUUCUACCUGGAGCUCAGAGCCUUGCUGCUCCCGGUGUAUGAACUGGACGGGACGGUCCAUAACCGAGAGUGGUCAGUGAAGACUUACAAAGAAGUUGCUUAUAUGUUUGCGAAAAAGCAUCCUGCAUUUAUUGGAAUCAAAAUCAUUUAUUCGGAUGACAGAUCCAAAGAUGUGUCCCUCAUCAUGGAAUCCGUCCGAACAGCCAUGGCGCUUCGGACCAUGUUCCCCAGGAUGGUGGCAGGAUUUGAUCUGGUGGGGCGUGAGGACACUGGCCACUCCUUGUAUGACUACAAGGAGGCUUUGAUGCUUCCAGCCUCGCAUGCAGUAAAACUGCCUUACUUUUUCCACGCCGGAGAGACAGAUUGGCAGGGUACUUCCGUAGACAGAAACCUUCUGGAUGCCCUAAUACUGAACUCUACCAGAAUUGGCCAUGGAUUUGCUUUGAGCAAACACCCAGCAGUCUGGGCUGACUCCUGGAAGAAGGACAUCCCCAUCGAGGUCUGUCCCAUCUCCAACCAGGUUCUGAAACUGGUAUCUGACCUGAGAAACCACCCUGCAGCUGUUCUCAUGGCCACCGGGUACCCCAUGGUGAUCAGCUCUGAUGACCCAGCUGUCUUUGGAGCCAAAGGCUUGUCCUAUGAUUUCUAUGAGGCCUUCAUGGGCAUUGGGGGGAUGACGGCUGACCUGAGGACACUCAAACAGCUGGCCAUGAACUCUAUCAAGUACAGCGCCCUGUUGGCUAUGGAGAAGAAGGUGGCCAUGAAGACCUGGGAGGAGAGAUGGGAUAAGUUUGUAGCUGACCUGGCCAGGAGGCCCAAAUGAAUUGUCUGGGCUGGAGGAGCCUACAGGCCAGGGAUGCCGCGAGCCCCUGACUUGCCAGGCUUAUUGCACAGUGAGUCCCCGUUGUCUGUCCCGUGACGGAUGCCCUGGCCUGGCCUCCUCCUCCUGGGGCCUGAACUUUCGCUUCAGUCGGCACAGCCCCCAGGAAGGGCAGGAGGCCUUCUGGAAAUUCACACUGAGGGAACGUUGUUGGCAGUGCCAACCGUCCUGUUUCCCAGCAGGUUAGAAGUUGGGAUUCAACCUCAGGGAAAACCACGGAACAUCUAUCUUAUUGUCUUGAAAUAACAUGAAACUUUCAGAAAAGUUGCAAGAAUAGUACAAAGAACUCUAAGAUACUCUUUGCCCAGGUUCCCCAGUUGUGAACAUUUUCCGUUUGCUGUAUCAUUCUCUAUCCAUAUCCAUGUCCAUCUCUCUCUCAAGGUCUAGAUCUAUCUUUCUAACCAGUUGAGGCCUGAGUUGCAGACGUUAUGCCCCAUUACUCCUAAAUACUUCUGUGUGCAUUUCCUAAAGACAGUGCUAUUCUCCUGUGUAACCACAGGACAACCGUCCAGAUCAGGAUAUUAACAUUGAAAAGAUACUACCAUCUGGCCCUGGCCCUUCCAAGCAUUUUUUGUUUUCUGGCUGGGAACCCCACCCAGGACCCCAUGUCACACUUAGUUAUCAUCUCUCUCUCGUCUCCUUCCGUCUGGAACAGCUAGCUCCUCAGCCUUCCCUUGUCUUCUGUGACCUCAAUACUUGUGAAGUGCACAAGCCAGUUAUUUUGUAGAGUGCCCUCAUUUUGGGCUUGUCUGCUGUUUCCUUUGAAGAGGUUCCAGCUGUGCAUUUGUGAGAGGAAUGCCUCAGGAGUGCUGUGGGUCCGUCAGGGCAUCGCGGGGGCACGAGGAUCAGGGCCUGCAGGCCGCGGGCUGCAUAAGCAAGCAACAGCCAAUCAUUAAAACUUCAGCCUGUUGUGAAACCUGUGGUAGUCUGAAAUCCGUCAUUGUGGGCGUUUUCACACCACAGAAAUCAGCGAGUGUUACAAACCAGUGCCCUCCCCCCGCCGGUGCUUCACUGUUGACAAGCACCACAACGCGGCCAGUGUCAGUCUGUCCCAUCAUGACAACCCUAACUUCGAUCGCUUUGUUAAGGGAUGUCUGCCAGGAUUCGCCACUGUAAAGUUUUUCCCUUUGUGAUUAAUAAAUAUUUAGUGGGAAAACACUUUAACUCUCUGUAAAAAUCUCAUUCCUCAGCAAACCUUUACCCAUUCGUUUUUGCCUCCAUUAAGAUUAUUGUCUGAAUCUACUAUUACUAUGAUGGUUGCUGUUCCAGUUAUCUGUUGCUGUGUAACAAAUUUUCCCAAAACUUAGUGGCUUAAAAAAUAAUAAAAACUUAUUUAUUUUUAUUA